CUUGGGUGUCAGGAGAAUUGGCGGUGAUUCUGAAGUCUUAACUGUCAACUUCGGAAAUAAUAGAUAAUUAAAUUGAUGUAUUCCGCCGCUUUUGCUCUCGUGCUUAAGCUUUGGUUUCUCCGCCUUUCUUGGAGACAUCACAUCCAUAUUUGCUGGACCAACCAACUUAACAUACCUUUUUUAAAUGCCUUCUUCCUUUCCAUGGCUGCUUCAUUCAAUUCUCACUUGACAUUGCUGCGAGAUAACUCGUCCGAUUUAGAGUUCUCUAAAUGGCAUUUCCAGCGUCAAUCUCCGUUUCACGGGAGCAUCUUGCUUCUUCGUCCAAUUCCUGUUCUGACCUUCAUGGGCUUGUGUCGAAUUCAUCGAAGAUCUUUGGUCGGAAAUUGAAGUCUGGGGAAAUGGAGAAACCCCGUUUGAGAUUGUUGUCGGAUUCAAGGAGCACUCGAAGUUUUUCUUUAAGGGCUUCUAUGGGGCCUUCAGGAUUGACUCAACAACUUGAAGACAAGAGGCUGACGACUGUAACUGAGGCUAAAAAUGGGCGUGAUAUGUUUAAUGAUAUCAAGGACAGGUUUUUGAGUUUUAAAAAGAAUAACUACUUGAAAAACAUUGAACAGUUCCAAAAUCUUGCCACGGGUCAGGCACCGAAGUUUAUGGUUAUUGCUUGUGCAGAUUCAAGGGUUUGCCCCUCUAAUAUUCUGGGAUUUCAACCAGGAGAAGCAUUCACGAUUCGUAAUGUUGCUAAUUUGGUACCUCCAUUUGAGAGUGGACCCUCUGAAACAAAUGCUGCGUUAGAAUUUGCUGUGAAUUCCCUUAAAGUUGAGAAUAUCAUAGUCAUUGGGCACAGCUGCUGUGGGGGAAUUCGUGCUCUUAUGAGUAUGCAAGAUGAUGCAAAUGCCAGCUUCAUCAAAAGCUGGGUUGUAGUUGGGAAGAACGCAAGAAUAAAAACCGAGGCUACUGCUUCUUCUCUCAACUUUGACCAGAAGUGCAGGCACUGUGAGAAGGAAUCAGUUAACAAUUCCCUAUCAAACCUUCUUACAUAUCCAUGGAUAGAAACAAAGGUGGCCACCGGAGAACUCUCUAUUCAUGGGGGUUACUACGACUUUACUGAGUGUACAUUUGAAAAGUGGACAUUGGAUUACAAGAAAACCAAAACCGAGGAAAGUGGCGGAGUCACAGUCAAAGAUAGAAUAUUCUGGAGUUGAGUUUUUACUUCUUUACCCCCAUUAAAGUGACUCUAUCUCUUCUCAGAAAUUUGUUGUACUAGACUACUAGCAGCCUAGUAGAACAUAAAAAUAAUAAGCUGAAUAACGACUUUCUGUACAAUAUAUUUUUGAAACAUUGCGAUUCAGUUGAUGUGAAGAAAUCUCUAUAAUGUUCUUCUACU